AUGAUAAAAUUGACUGGAAGUAGGAUGCUUGGAUCUAACAAUAUGUCAUGGAGAAGGUCCUUAAAUUUUGACAUGGGAACUAGAGAUGGAAGUUAUGUAGGCAGAGAAAAUAUAGAUUUGCAGAUUGGACCAAAAAGUAUGUUGUUAGAGGAAACUGCAGUAGGCCACACUUACACUGAAGUAGCUUGGAGGAAGGAGGUAUUAAAUAAUUGCAUGUCAUUACAUGAGGAAAGACAAUGCCCAAGUAUAUCUACGUCAAAAAUCACUCCCCUUGGGGCAAAGCUGAAUAUCAAGGCAACUACUCAGGAUGGAAACAUCAAUAGUCAAAGUUCAACAAUAAGGCUACAAAUGGCUAGUUCAAAAAGAAAAAGUUAUGGUACUUUUAAUUGUGAAGAUGACAGCAACAUGGAUCUGCUUGGGGCACACUACAUUGGGCACACUACCUUUAAAAGUGCCCUUUCUGGAUCAGCACAUUCUAGCACAAAUGAGAUGCUACAGCAGUCUAGUUUUACAGUAGACAAUUAUACCCUGCUAAUGCGGAAGUCAUCAGGUCUGAGCAUCAAUUAUGAUAUGUCGACUGGCGAGAAGGACAUUUAUAUGAUGACUAGGUUGGCUGAGGUGUUGUAUGUCUUUAUUGAGUUACAACGUCAUUCAUUUGUGCUUGGAAAGCAAAUGGGCUUAGACCUGUUAAAGGUUGGGAAAAACACGAAGUUGCUUCGUGUGAAGCCUAAGGAGAAAAUGAGGGUUGAGACGAGUGUGUUUGAAAAGAAAUUUGUUGAGAUGACCUCAACGAUGGAGACAAAGGUGAAGAUGAGGGAGAAGGUUCAAGAUGAGCUGUAA